AUGGCUCUCCUGGCUGUCAGACACAUCCCUCAGCCCUUCCACACUGUCCGGGAUGUGCUCAACGAACCAUCGGCGAAACAUCCCUCCUCUCCAGACCUCCUCCUUUCCAGACCUCCUCCACUUCAGACCUCCUCCUCCGCCAAACCUCCACCUCUCUAUGCCUCCACCUCUCCAGAUCUCCACCUCUCCAGACCCCCAACUCUCCAGACCUCCUCCUCUCCCAGACCUCCACCUCUCCAGACCUCCACCUCUCCAGACCUCCUCCUCUCCAGAUCUCCACCUCACCAGACCUCCACCUUUCCAGACUUCCUCUCUAGACCUCCACCUCUCCAGACCUCCUCCUCUCCAGACCUCCACCUCUCCAGACCUCCUCCUCUCCAGACCUCCACCUCACCAGACCUCCACCUCUCCAGACCUCCACCUCUCCAGACCUCCUCCUCUCUAGACCUCCUCCUCUCCAGACCUCCUCCUCUCCAGACCUCCACCUCUCCAGACCUCCUCCUCUCCAGACCUCCUCCUCUCCAGACCUCCACCUCUCCAGACCUCCUCUCUAAACCUCCACCUCUCCAGACCUCCUCCUCUCCAGACCUCUAA